AUGAAGCAGCCAGGGAAGUCCAUUGCCUUCGAGCUGCUCCUCGACGACAGCUCCAAAACAAGAGCGCGCAUCCCUAUGAGGGUCCUUGUCAAUGCGCACGAUACCACAGAGUCAAUGAUUGCUACCGUCAAGAGUUUCCAUGGUAUCUACGACGGUCAUGGCGUCAUUUUCCAGGACUCUCAGGGUAAUAUACUUAUUCCCUCAUAUGAGAACCUGCGACACAAUACCACAGUCUAUGUCAGGACUGUGCCUGGCUCCCACAAUGGGACACCGUACAGCGCAAACCAUUACGGUGCUACUGCUGACCCCGAGUCGCAGCGGCGCCCGAGUCUCGGGGAGCCGUUUCAAAUGCUGCCACCACACAUGCGAGAACAGUCUCAUUCUCCUUCCCGAUCGUCAUCACGAUUGGCCAGAAAGCGGUCUGUUAGUCCUCCAGGAGCACGUGGCAGACGCAGCGCAUCACAGCAAAAGCCAGGGUCCUUCUCAGCUGUCAGUCGAGGAUCUAGUGCAUCCGGGCAUUACAGCGACGACAAUGGCUACAGCGAUAGUGAUGCGCGCAGCUCUGCUUCGGGUUCCCGUCGAGCUAAGAGCGAUAUGCUAGCGAGCUCAGAGAUCAGCACCGCCAACGUUCUGCAAGAUGGUCGACGUGGACAGACCAUCUUUGACAGCUCUACUUUACCACUGUUCGUCCCGCCUCAAGUGCCCAUCCCAGCCUCCCAGUCCUCAAUUUCACCACAACGGCGAUCGCUGCCACAGGAGGGCCCAUCGCCCUUCCAAGCACCUGCGCAAAGACUGUAUACACAAGCUCCACCAAUGUUGUCACCACAGAGCUAUGGGCCAAGAAUGUCCAAUGGCUCUAGUGACUCGUACCCAGCUCGAGGAGCCCUCAACGGACAACAUCAUCAUCGCCUCCGUGACAGAGCACAAACAACGCCCCAGAACGGAAGACCUGGCUAUCCAGGUGGAAGGGUGCUUCCUACACCUGAUCCCACGAGCAUCCAAUUCUACCGUAGACGAAACCUUCAGCGGCGCAGCCGACGCGGCAUCGUCACCGGUGCCACCAGCGACAGCGAUGAUUACAGUGACGAUGAAGGCGGUCUGCCGAAAUACCGCAAGACAUUCCUCGACGAUGACGACGCUGACUACGAGAACGGACAUGCCAAGAGCGACAUUAAAAGUGAAGAACUCGACGAGUACGAGGGCGCGCCGAAGACAAAAAAGAUCAAGACAAAGAUGCAUGAUGGUCCGUCGCAUCUUCGCACAGAAUCGUCCCAUAACAAGCACAAGACCAAGCCGCGACCACUUUCGUCAAGCAAACCAUCCAAGCCAAACAUCGCAGGAUCUAUGCCGGCGCCUCGCAAGGCUUCCUCGGCUUCGUCAGACUUACCGCGCUUUGGUGCGGAUGAGGAGGAUCUAUCGACUAAGCCACGCUGCCAACGCUGUCGCAAGAGCAAGAAGGGUUGUGAUCGACAACGGCCUUGCCAGCGUUGCAAAGAUGCUGGCAUCGGUGUUGAGGGAUGUGUCAGUGAGGAUGAAGGCAAUGGACGCCGGGGUCGCUUUGGCAGGCAUAUGGGCGUACCGGUCAAGAGGGGCGCCAAUGGUGAGGUCAUUUCGGAGGAGUCGCUGAUGCUGCCGCCGAUGAUGACUGGUGCUGGCAUGAUGGUGGAUGGUCAAAAGGAUAAGAAAAGGAAGCGGUGA